GUCUCAUGCGAGAGAGAGGAAGCUGAAGAUGCCGGGAGACUAUUCGUUGAGGGUUGAAGUGAUGAAAUCGCAGGAAUAAUACAGCUUAUUUCACAGUUCAAGCAAAACCCAUUUGUGCAUUUCUUCUCAGAACCCACUGCUAUUCAGGUCGAAGGUUGUUAGUUUGCCACCAACUCCCUGCAUUGUGCUUAUAAGUCAGGCUAUCCCAACAUGAUAGUUCACACUCCCAUCAGCACAUGUGUUAAAAGUGUGGUCCGCCUGAGAGGAUGCGUUCAAGGACAAGUGGGCAGCAAUAUGUGUGUGGUGUCUCAAACACAUUCUAGUUCAUCUUGUUUAUGUAUGAGCUCUGGUCAUUCUAAACUGAAGUAUAUCAGCAUGUCUGUCCCAAAGACCUACUGUUCUUCUGUUUUUGACUUUCAAGCAUUGCGGGGAAGUUGUUUAGGUUCUGGCAUCUCCAAGCAAAGGGGUAAUUGGCGCUCAUUAACCCUUAAAAGUUUAACUUGCUGUCGAGCAGCAAAGAAGGCAUGCAUUGAUAUUUCAUUCGGGUGCCAAAAUAUGAAUGUAAGAGUGUUGGUCCCAAAACAAAAAAUACCUUCCAAAAUCAAAUGUCAUGUGGGACCAGUGUCUUGGCCACGGGGAUGUGCCUCUUCUGGUGUAGUAUUUGGAUUAUUGAUUUGUUGUUCAAGUUCUAAGCAGGCCCAUGCUGAAGCAGCAAGGCUGAAGGAAGGUGAGGAAGAUGACUCCAAUUCAUCACUUACCGGCUGUUCACAUGGAAAGAAAGUGUAUGUGGACUAUUCCAUUAUUGGCAUACCUGGAGAUGGAAGGUGUUUGUUUCGCUCUGUUGCUCAUGGAGCCUGUCUACGAUCUGGGAAGCCUGCUCCAAGUGAAAGUCUUCAGAGAGAAUUAGCAGAUGAAUUACGGGCUAGAGUUGCGGAUGAGUUUGUCAAAAGAAGAGAAGAGACAGAGUGGUUUAUUGAAGGCAAUUUUGACACAUAUGUUUCUCAAAUAAGAAAGCCACACAUUUGGGGAGGUGAACCUGAGUUACUCAUGGCUUCACAUGUCCUCCAAGGAGAAGGCAGCGAGGGAAGGAAAUCUGCCAGCAUAGAAUUUACAGGACUAAAUAUUUUGGACAAGCAUUUUGCCUCUAAAAAUGUUGAGGGAAAACAGACUGCCAAUUAUGUAUCAUUACUUACAGAAUCUACUCUUGUUUCCAUGAAAAAUUAAGACAUUUGAGUGAGUCUUAUAAGGAAUCCAUGUUUCUGAUAACUGCAGGAUGCCUAUUACGGUUUACAUGCAUGAUGAGAAUUCUGGUGGCCUAAUAUCCAUUGCUGAGUAUGGACAAGAAUACGGCAAGGAAAAUCCCAUUAGGCUCCUCUAUCAUGGUUUUGGCCAUUAUGAUGCAUUGCAGAUUCCUGGGAAGAACACUAAAUCAAGACUUUAAGAUUUACAUUAGAAGAAACUGAAUGUUAAAGUAUGUAUAUCUGUAUUUUUCUUGUAUUCUCAUUGCAAGGUUUGGUGAAAUGUUUGCAAUCACCAAAUUGUGUAAAAUUAAAGCAAGAUUGAGAAUGAAGUUGUACUGCCAUAUGACAAAAGGCCUCAAGGUCAGAUUUCAAUGGAUUAUGAGAAGUUAACAGAGCA